AUGGAGUAUGCUAUCAUUAGUGAUGAGGAACAACAACAUUCACUCAGAUUGAAGAAUCAACAUAUAGGAGUAGUAGUUAUGGUUACAUUAGUUUAUGCAAAAUAUAAUCAGCUUGGCAGACUACAGUUGUGGGAAUCUCUUGGGGCACUGAAUAGUAUAAUAAAUAAACCUUUUCUGGUAGGUAGAGAUUUUAAUGUCAUAAGACAUGAAGAAGAGAAGCUUGGUGGAUUACCAGUAACUUUUAAAGAGACAGGAGACUUUAAUCAUUGUAUCAACACUUGUAAUUUAGAGGAGAUUGCAUUUAAGAGAAGCAAAUUUACUUGGUGGAAUGGUAGAGAAGAUGGAGAUUGUAUAUUCAAAAGACUUUAUAGGGUCUUCUCUAAUGAUAAAUUACAAGAAAUAUUUCAUGUUAUUGACGUAGAAAACUUGGUAAGAAGUGGUUCUAACCAUGCACCAACUUUACUAUAUUGUAAUACUCACCAUGAUCAUUUAAUUAAGCUAUUUAGAUUUCUUAAUUUUUGGCUUAAAGAAGAAUCUUGUCUGGAAGUAAUUAAGCAGAAUUGGAAAGUGGAGGUAGAAGGGAAUCCUUUCAUUAAUUUUUACCAAAAGUUAAAGAAGACUAAAGUUGCAUUGACUCAGUUGAGUAAGCAAACUUUUGGAAACAUAUUUCAAGAGAUUGCUACUCUUGAAGAAUUGAUUAAGGUAACAGAGAAGCAGUUUGAGGAGGAUCCCACAGGGGAUAACAGGGUUAAUUUGUUCAAAGCACAAGAAGUGUUGGCAAUGCAACUAAAAAGAGAGAAGGAACUCUGGAGACAGAAAAAAGGUUUUGAGUGGUUCAAAGAUGGAGAAAGGAACACAAGAUUUUUCCAUGCAAUAGUAAAGGGAAGAAGGUCAAGGGUAAAGAUUAAAAAGAUUCAGAAUGAUGAGGGUAUUUGGCUGGAGAAUCAGGAUGAAAUUACUGAAGCUUCUACUAUGUUCUAUCAGAAUCAAUUUCAAAAGCAGGAGGAUGUUGGGGACUUUACAAUGCUAGAUGUGCUACCAAGUGUAGUAACAGAAGCUCAGAAUGCAUAUUUAAAGAAAAUACCAACAAUAGAUGAAGUAAAGGUAGUAGUCAUAGGAUUAAAUAAAACAGCUUUGGAGGGCCAGAUGGUAUAA